UUUAUCCGAAUACUGCAGCCUUUGCAAAGCACCGAGGCCCUCUUGGGAAUGUGAGGAAAGGAGUAUUGGUAUCCAUGGGCUUUGGCACGAUCACGGCUCAUACAUUAAUGAGUUUAGAGGCUCGUGGAACUCUCUUUGUGAGCCCCGGAAUGGAUGCGUAUGAUGGGAUGAACAUUGGUGAACACUCACGGGAUUCUGACCUUGAUGUGAAUCCAGUAAGGACUAAGGAACUAAGCAAUAUGCGGGCUGCUUGCAAGGAUGAAAGCGUCAAGUUGUCUGCUCCUUGCCUGUUUCUUUUUAAACUGAUGAUUCUCGAAGAAGCCAUAGGUUAUGUUGCUUCAUACGAGCUUAUUGAAGUUACACCAAAGGUAAUAAGAUUAAGGAAGAAAUAUUAA